GUGUCACCCGCGGUAACGGUAGCUGUCUUCACGCGGCACUUCUGUGUGAAAGCCCAGUCGUCGCCUUGUCGAGUCAUCGCUACAGAGGAGCACAGAGCAGACGGAGCCGCCGUCUGAUGGCUUAAAAACGGGGAAUAAGUGUGGUUCACAGCGGAUUUAUCGCACUGCACGAGGCGGGAAGCACGAAAGGACGGUCGCGGGACCGGAGUGGACGUUGAUACGGAUGAGGAUAAUGCGUUCCGUUUGAGUCGAGCGUGCGUUUUUUUGGUAAGCGGUUGCAGACCCGGGCACAGACAACACAGAGACAGACAGAAGAGAAGUACCACAGCCGCCGCGACACCAGCGAGCGAACUUGGCUUCUCUGCCCUGUGGGAGGUGUCUGUUCGUCUGCCUUGGCUCGCUGCACGUUCCGCUCACAGCGUCGCCGCUCGGACCUUUCGAAGAAGGAUAAAGAUUUGUAGCUUAGUUAUGUUUCUGUAAAUAGAGUCUUUUUCGGGUUUUUCAGCAACCAACUGUGGCUUUAAUGUGACGCACUAUACUGACAUUAGUGCUGUGUGUCGGAGCGGACCCCCACUGCAGAGGAGUUAAAAGGCUUUUUAGUCAAGUUUUUUACCUUCAUUUUUCUUCGGUGCCAACACAGCCCACACCGAUGUAACAGAGACAAGGACAGAAGCAGACCGAGCUGGGCCAGGCUAGGCCAGGCUAGGCCUACCUAGCCUUCUGGCUGGCCUCACCAGGCAGGCCAGAAACCUCUCCAAGGAGUCCUGCCUUCAGUGAGCAAAGGAGUGGUCUGCUUGUUUUUACAAAAACUUCACCAGACCUGUAACAGAUUGGAUUCCAACCAUAUUUUGUCUUAUCAGCCUUUGGGAGGCCAUACUGGUCUGUUACAUCUCCAGUUCUUCCAUGUCGUGGUGGUUGCUCUCUGGAUGUUGGCAGCAGAAUGGAUUCGGGUGUUAAUUUGACGGGUGCCACCUCUCUGCAGUGCUUGCACUCCCCCUCCUUUGACUGCUUUUCAUCCCUUCCCUCCCCAGUCUUUAAAAGAAAGCCCCUUUGCCUCUCCCGGGGCUUCCCUCUGCCCUGUUUGGAAGGGCCUUGCAGGAACUGCAGGUUGUCUUGUUGAAACAAGACAUUUGUUGACAUUGCAAAGAGGAAGUAGAGUCAAUAAAUCUUUGGGAAAAAGAUAUAGAACACAACAAAGAUUGCUGCAGUUAGUUGAUUUGAUUGGAUUUAUUUUCUGUAAUCUGUCCACUUUGCUUUUCCUGGAGUUUGAUCAGAAGUUGGAGAGCCUUUCAUGUGAAAAAGGAGCUUGCUAGUCAAGAUUUGCGCCCGCAAUUAGUUUACACAUAGGUUGGUCUGAUUACUCAUAUAAAAAAAUCCUUAUUUAUACAGAUAGAAUUUCUCUUUUGUGUUCUGAGCCUUGAGGAAGAAUGUCUGAAAGCAAUAGUAGCAGCAAAGCAGUGAAAUUCAUUGCCCCAGCCCCCCCACCUCCCUCUGCCUCACCCUGUCCAUCACCCCAGACCCCUCACAAGAAUGUGAACGGCUCUGCCAGUUCAGACUCGCACUUGGUGGAGAAGCUCGGCGGACACCCCGAGGUCCAACGUCGGCGCCACACGAUGGAUAGAGACUCUAAAACAGCUGAGCACCGUUUUUUCCGUCGUAGUGUGAUUUGUGACUCCAACGCCACAGCUUUGGACCUGCCCAGCAAAGCAGCUGUGAUACUCACCUCACCUCCAGACUGUGAAGGGCCUCCCACCUUCUUCACUCCACAGCCCCCAGGGCCUGGACCUGGGGUGCAAAAUGCUGAGGACGGGCAGGCCCCAAGAGGUUCCUAUUUGCAAAGCAUGACCCUUCAGCCUUGUCUUGGGCUCAGUGGGGCACUUUCAGAGGGGCACAUACAAAGUGCUCAGGGAGAUUUAGGUGUGGGCAGUAUCACAGCUCCUGUUUCCACGAGUAGCAGUGUUGAACAUAGUGCAGAUGGGGCAGUAAAAGAGCCCAGCCCGACAGUAUUGGAUGUUACAGACAAAACAGCAGGCAAACAGCCUGAUGUCACAUUGCGUCCCAGAGGGUCUGAGAACACACAACAGGUGGUAAAAGAUGGAAAAUCGGUAGAACAUGUGGAUGACUGUAGCGUUAGUAGUCCGGCCGAGGAGAAAGAGAGGGAGACAGAGGAGGACAAGGGUCAAGCAAAAGCACGAGCUGAGCAGAGAGAAGCCGAAAAACGAGUGCAAGAGGAUGAGGAGGUAGAGACAAAAGCUGUUGGGACUUCACCUGAUGGACGCUUCCUGAAAUUUGACAUCGAAAUUGGAAGAGGGUCCUUCAAGACUGUGUACAAGGGACUGGAUACAGAGACUACUGUGGAAGUGGCAUGGUGUGAACUCCAGGAUCGUAAGCUGUCCAAGUCAGAGAGACAACGCUUCAAAGAGGAGGCCGGGAUGUUGAAGGGUCUCCAGCAUCCUAACAUUGUCCGCUUCUAUGACUCGUGGGAGGGACCAUGCAAAGGAAAGAAAUGUAUUGUUCUGGUCACUGAGCUAAUGACAUCUGGCACGCUAAAAACCUACCUGAAGCGUUUCAAGGUGAUGAAAAUCAAGGUUCUGCGCUCGUGGUGCAGACAGAUCCUCAAAGGCCUGCACUUCCUGCACACCCGAGCUCCACCCAUCAUUCACAGAGACCUGAAAUGCGACAACAUCUUUAUCACAGGACCCACGGGCUCGGUGAAGAUAGGAGACCUGGGGUUAGCCACAUUAAAGAGGGCUUCCUUUGCCAAGAGUGUCAUAGGUACCCCAGAGUUUAUGGCUCCAGAGAUGUACGAAGAGAAAUAUGAUGAAUCUGUAGACGUCUACGCCUUCGGGAUGUGUAUGCUGGAGAUGGCUACCUCAGAGUACCCCUACUCUGAAUGUCAAAAUGCUGCACAGAUCUACAGGCGGGUUACUAGUGGGGUGAAGCCUGGCAGUUUUGACAAGGUAGCCAUUCCUGAGGUGAAGGAAAUUAUAGAGGGUUGCAUCAGAACAAACAAAGAUGAGAGGUAUGCCAUAAAGAUCCUGCUGAACCACGCGUUCUUCCAGGAAGAGACAGGGGUCAGGGUUGAACUGGCUGAAGAGGAUGAUGGGGAAAUGAUCGCCAUCAAACUUUGGCUCAGGAUAGAAGACGUCAAGAAGCUCAAAGGCAAAUACAAAGACAACGAAGCCAUCGAGUUCUCUUUUGACCUGAAUAAGGACGUACCUGAAGAUGUGGCCCAGGAAAUGGUUGAGUCUGGCUACGUUGCCGAGGGUGACCAUAAGACCAUGGCCAAGGCCAUCAAGGACCGUGUGUCUCUGAUCCGGAGGAAGAGAGAACAGAGGCAGCUGGUGCGAGAAGAACAGGAGAAGAGAAAACUGGAGGCAGAGCAACAGCUACAGCAGCAGCAACAACAACAACAUCAACAACAUCAACAGCAACAAGAAACACUCAAAACUUCACACACACAGGCAGAGGUAGAGGAGACUGAAGUGGAGCAACAGCAGCCUCACUAUCAACAGACUGGCAUCUCACACAUGUCUGAAGGAGGUAUGGACAGCGGCCAGGGUUCCUCAGUUUUCUCUUCAGACUCCCCCCACCUGGGUCAGCUGACCAUGUCGUACAGCUGCCCACCUUCCACCCAACCCCCCUCCCAGCCCCAGACCCCCUAUCCCUCCACCCCCUCUGCUACCACGCAGCAACACCCGGGCUACGCCCAGCCGCCCCAGCCAAUGCCUGCGUCGCGCCGUCGUCGAAGUCGUAGCAUGUCCAUUUGCGUCCCCCCCUCUUCCUACUCCUUUUCCCAUGCUCCUCCACCCCUGGCAGUUCCUCCAAAGCAGCCCUCCACCCCUCCUCCAGAUCUGUCCUCCUCAUCCUCCUACACCAUCACCUCCCCCUGCAUGCCCCUCGCUGCCGAGAGGGAUACAUUCGCUGGGCGCCUCUCCAAGGCCCUGGAGACAGUCCUACCCCUUCACUCUGCCUCCUCUCUGCCCAGGGACAGGCAGCGGAGGGCCAGUCUACCUGCCCUGUUCUCCACCCCUCAGCAUUCAAUGCCGCACCCCUACAGCGGAGGAACAAGCGUAGGAGGAGGAGCAGGCGGGAGCAUUCCCCUCCCAACUCUUCCUGACCCCCCCACUAUUUUCUUCCCUUCCAUCCCUGAGCGUCCCAUUUCCUUUUCACCUCCACCCACUGGGCCUCCAAAGGCCUACAACACCCAGCGACGCAAGAGCACGUCCAUUCUCGAGGCACACACCCGACACUUCCAGCCUGCCUACACUCGCUAUGGGAGCAGCCUGCACCCCUUUUCUGGGAUGGAGGGUGUUGAGACCCCCUCCCUGUUUAUGGUAAAUCCUGGUUUUGCAGCAGCUGCCCAAAGACUUGGUGUUGGGGAGCCACUGCAUCUCCCAGGACAAUCUGACCCAAGUUUGUAUGGCUAUAAAGACAUGAGAGCAGAACAUGAGGAGGCAGUGAGGAGAUUAAGUCUAAAUCAAGCUGCCUUAUUGGACCACUAUGAAGCAAUGGCAUAUGGAGGAUAUCCAAUGACUGCACACCAGCUUGGUCACUUGAGUUUCCAUCAGCAGAGGCAAGCAGCAGCUGCUGCUGCUAGUUUGGGUUUUGAUCCUGGUCCUCCACCUCAACCAGGGUUCCUGCACCCUCACAUCAUGCAAAGAAUGAGUGCACACAGUCCAAUCCCUCCACCCUUACCUCCCAUGAGUGCAUCCACUGGUGGCUCUGUGUCGUCUUCAUCAUCUGAGGGCUGUUAUCCUCCACCACAGCAUGUUUCCCCCUCUGCCUUCCCUAUAUCUGCACCUCCAGUAAUGGCUGAUGCCCCACCAUCUACUGGAAGUGUCUUUGAGUUUCAUUUAGCUGCAGCUGCUGCUGCUGCAGCUGCCGCUGGAGACCCAAGCCUCCUGGCAUCCAGACUUUACCGGGCCCGAAGAAGCUCCAUGGAUCUUCCUCUGGAGGACAACACUGGAACUGGAUCAGGUGGUUCAGGCACCUACAGCCGUCUCCAGCCAGUGACAGAGGAGCUUUACACUUAUGUCAGCCCUGAGCUCCCCUUACCUCCAGGAAGCCUUCUGCUUCACCACGCUGGUGUAAAUACAAAGGACAGAAGCCCAGAACCUUCUAGUGACUCUUUGGCCUCCUCAGAUGCAGGAGAGUUCCAGUCACCUCCUCCCCCACCUCUCCUCCCUCCUUUUGACUCCUCAGCUGCUCAGUCCAUCCCUCACUCAUCCUCCACCGUGCUCUAUGAUUCAUCAGGGGGACUGCUCCACAUAGAUCCCCAGGGACAUCCACCCUCCAUGCAGAGCUUUCUCCCUCCCACUCCAUCCACUGAGCUCCCGCCUGGGGGAGGAUCAUCAACUCAUCUGGAGUCUCUGAUGCAGAGCGCCUGGGCCCGGCAUGGAGGGGUGGUACCAGCCCAACCCGAUAUGACAUACCAUGAGUCACUGCUGGCCAUGCAGGCCGCUAACCCCACUCUGCAGAUUCAGGCUCCCACCCCCCAGCCCUCGCCAGGACCCCCACUAGUCCCUUCCACCUCCCAGCCAGCUCCCUCUGGGACCUCCCAACAAGUUGUUUCAGCCAGUCAGAGCAGUACAUCAGUUCAGAGCCCCACACACACAGCUCUGCCACAGGCGACUUCACAGCCCAGUGUAACUCCAUCUACCUCUACCGUUUCCUUGGUGACGCACCCCUCUCCGUCGCCAUCCCUUCCUAUAACCAUGCCGUCAGCGGCCGUGGCUUCCCCACCUUCUUCUCUGCCACUCCCUGUUGGGGUGGUGCCUACUAUUGUUUCCCCUCCUCCUCCUCCUGUGCCCACAUCUGUGCCUCAGCCAUUGGCCACCGUGGUGCCAAUCAUCAGUGUAGUCACCGCCCCGCCUGAUACUCCCUUGGAAGCCCCUCCCCAGUCUGCCUCUCAGUCUUCAGAGCUGUCCCAGUCCCAGCUACAGCCACCUCAAGUUCUCUCAUCUAUAGAGAGUGGCCACUCUGAGACUUCAGGUCUGAGUGACGGCAACGAGGGGGGAGGAGGUCGCCAUGAAGGUCGAUCCACCAAGCGACAUCAGAGACGCUCUGUACGAAGUCGAUCACGCCAUGAGAAGACCUCCAAGGCGAAACUCAAUGUUCUCAAUAUCUCUAACCGAGGAGACAGGGUGGCAGAGUGUCAGCUGGAGACCCACAACAGGAAGAUGGUGACCUUUAGGUUUGACCUGGAUGGCGACAACCCAGAGGAGAUCGCUCAGAUCAUGGUCCAGAGUGAGUUUAUCCUGGAGAGUGAGAGAGAGUCAUUCAUUGAGCAGGUCAGGGAGGUGAUAGAGAAUGCUGAUGAGAAGGGUCUGGAAAGAGACACAAACAGUCAGAUGACAGGUGGCAUGGAGCAGCAGAUUCCUGCUAUAUCUGUCCCUAUGCCAGACAUCCCUCCCAGUGCAACAGCACAAGUGGUUCAUUCAGCAGGUCGGAGGUUCAUUGUCAGCCCUGUACCUGAGGCCAGGCUGAAGGAACAAAUGUUUCCCGCCUCCCCCUCUACUGCCCCUGCACCUCCUGUUGAAAGACUUCCUCCAGCUUCAGCUCCAGCUCCAUCUCAGACUGCAGGCCAGGGUUUGGGGUUGUCCCAGUCUGCAGGAGCAAUCAGCUUACAACAAGCCUUCUCUGAGCUCAGACAGAACCAGAAUCAGUUUGAUGCAGGACCAAGCACCGCCCCAGCCUCCAUCCACUCCACCCAUCCUUCUCUACAGCCUGCAGCUGCCCCUGUCCCACAGGCUAGCACCAUCACUCCUGCUGGUGAUGCUACUGCUGGGCUUGUCCCCUCUAAUUUAAACAAGGCACAGGAGCAGGUCUUGGAAGCCUCUCAUCCUUCCCCCUCCUCACCCGCCACCCCCUCAUCUAUGCCUGCUGUCUGUCUCAGUCCUCCUUGUUCCUCCUCUCCUCCUCCUCCUGUUGUGAAUCAGUCCAUUCUUCAGUCACAGGCACUUUCACAGCCAGGGAUGCAGGCUGUGUCCCAACCCCAGGGACAGGCGCAGGUCCAGGGACAAGCACAAAUUCAGCCCCAGGCUUUCACCCUGCCUCAGCCUCAAACAGUGUCAGCUGUCCCUACCACUUCAGUUCCUUCCACUUUACCACCGACAAGCAUUUCCAACAUGCCCCCAACAAUGCUCACCUCCCCUCCUCCUGCCCAAACCGUUCUCCUUGUAUCGUCCCCUCCCUCCUCCACUCAUGCAGCCAGUGAAGUCUCCUCCAGUCAUCUGUCAGUGUCUCCCACCUCGUCCUCUACUCCUUCUCUCUCCUCCUCUGUCAUCCCCACCACUGCCAUCCCAGGCCCCCAGCUCGCUCCCUCUGCCGCCUCCCACCCCUCUCCCCCUCCCUCCUCCUCCUCCUCCUCCUCUGCGGGGCUCCAGCCAGUGACCACAAAUGUUCCUUCAGUCCAGCCAACCUUGGUCCACUCCCAGCCGCAGACAGCAGCCCUGCCUGGGCAGCCGCACACUCACUGUGGGGAAUGCGAUGCAAGAUGUGAGGCAUCUGCUGAGUCCCAAGGCAAACCGGACGACAUCCAAGCUCUGGAGAAGAAGCUGCGGUCUCUCUUCAUGGACCUUGGUGGAGGAGUGCCCUCCACCCAGGGAGAGAUCUUAGCUGCUGACCCUGCCUCCGGAGCCUCUGUGGCAGGUACCUCGUCCCCAGUUGGGCCCAGCUCUACCACCACUUCUCUUACCACGCCUGGCUCCAGCCUGCCAGCCAAUCCUCCUCAGCCCCCCUCCAGCCUAGCGCUAGGAUCACUGGGGUCACCUGCUCCAAUCCAGGGUCCUGGGACACCUAUUUCCACCCCUGCACAGACUGGCAUCCCUGCCUCAUCCUUUGGCCAGACCACUCCAUCUAAAACCCCCUUAUCCAGGGUACCGGCCAGUUCUCCUCCUUCAGAACUCCUGCCAUCCUUCCCUGGACCUUGUCUAAUACAGUCCCAGCAGCCUCUGGAGGACCUGGAUGCACAGUUGAGGAGAGCACUGAGCCCAGAGACUGUUCCUGUCAGCACACACACACAGGCCUCUCACAGUGGUUUACCUGCAGUGGGACAACCAGUACCCUUCUCCCUGGAUGAAGAAUCUGUGUCCUCUCCUGCUGCUCCUCCUGCAGGGGGAAUUAAACUUGGAAGAUUUCAGGUCUCACUGGCUGCUGAAGAGCCUCCAGUCCAAUGCCCGGCCUGCACUGAAUCUUCCUCCACCACCUCCUCAUCUUCGUCCUCUUCCUCCUCAUCCUCCAGUCUCUCCAGCCCAGAGAACACACUGCACAAGGACUCCUCAUCUCCUCUGCGAGGGGGAGGAGGUCAAGGGGGAGACAUUGUGGAUGGGCUCCCCCAAAGGACUCUAGGAGGAUCCCACCGCCCGUCCCCCUCAACCUCCCCCUGUCCCUCUCCUAAGCCCACCACUACCAUUGGACGCUUCCAGGUCACCACCAACCCUGAGGCCCGUGUUGGUAGAUUCUCUGUCAGUCGUGCCCAGGAGCAGAGCCUGGAGUCCAGGCAAACCCCUCCACCCACUGCCCAGGGUGCUAAUGGACCCAGCGAUCCCAGGCAGAUUCUGACUCCAGACUCCACUCACAAAGCCUCCCUGCCGAGUCUGAACAACAACUCCUUCAAUAACUCCUACAUCAGCAGUGACAACGACUCUGAAUUUGAGGAUGAAGAUUUCAAACGUGAAGUCAACCGCCUCAGAGAAAAGCACAUGCGUGAGAUUCAGGCCCUCCACUCCCGUCAGAAGGCGGAAAUAGACAGUCUCUUUACCAGGCUGGGAAAGGUUCCUCCGGCUGCAGUGCUCCCCCCAGUUAUAACUCUGACUGGCAGGAGGAGACGACCUACCAAAAGCAAAUCCUCCAAAUCGUCCAGAACCAGCUCCACGCAUGGCAGCAAGAGUCCAUUACAGCCAGGCAGCACUUUAUCCGCCCAGAGCGUCCCCACCAUGUACCCCGGCCAGCUGGCUCUGUUAGCCCCCGGAGGAUUAGCCGACUCGGGCAGCAGCACUCUGCUCCAGCCCCUCAAACCCUCUCCCUCCAGUGACAACCUGUGUUCGGCCUACACCAGCGAGGCGGCGCUCUCUGUGCCCAGCCUGUGUGCUCCCACCCCAGGCUGUGUAAAGUUCAGCUGGGGUUCGGAGCGUUUGGCCUUCAAGCCUGGCGGCAGGAGGACGCGCUUUCUGAGUACGCCCUGCUUGGCUCUUUGGAAGAUGGUGAAAAAAGUCUGCCCCUGCAACCAGCUCUGUAGGACUAACAGCACCAACGCAGUGAGUGGUUCAGGUGGUUUGGGUCAGAGCCAGGGGGGUUCUCAGUGUCUUCCCCCAAACAUAUCAGCCCCACACCAGAGGAAAGGAACCUUCACCGAUGACCUCCAUAAACUGGUGGACAACUGGGCCAGAGACGCCAUGAACCUCUCACAGGGUAAGAGGAGUGCCAAACAGCUGCAGCAAGCUCCAGCACAGGGACACAGCUACGAGGUUAUUCAGUCAGCCAGUCUGGGCAGGAAAUUCUCAGCUCCCAGUCAGCUGUGUCCCAGCAGCAUAGGAGGCUCUGCCCACCUCCCCACAAACCCCACCACUGCUACCUCUCUGGCCGUCCGCAAGGGCUCCCUGUGCCACCCCCCUGCCUCCUCUACCCCACCCCAACCCCAACCACCCCAGUUCAUCCACUACACCCCGACUGCUGCCUACAGCGCACAGUGGUCUGGUCCUGCCCAUGGUUUGUCAAACCCACACCAGGCUCCAGCUCAGCCUGGGCCUCUACUGGUCAGCACCUCCCAGCCCCUGGGUCCUUACCCCACCCAGCAGGGCCAGAUUCCCGGGCAGGGCCCGCUCCAGGCUUUCCAUCUAUCCAGUGCCCUGCAGAAGUCAGUCAGCAACCCAGGAGGACCCAACCUGAGAACCACGUAGGGCUGGGGGUCAGGGCUGGUUUGAAUCACGGCCCGACUGGACUGAACUAGUGUGGAGCGAUGUGUUUUGGGCUGGAUCAGCCGGAGAGGACAGAUGAACUGGAGGAGCAUGGAGCUUUGAGUGUCAGAAGCUGACCUGUCCAAGAGGAGAAAAGAAAAAAAGGAAAAGCAGCAGAGAAAAGAAAUCAAGAAAGAGAUAUUAGAUGUGUGAUCUGGCUAUCUCAUCUCCACUUGCCUCUGCUUCCAUCCAAGUGUGCGAGAAGCUGUCACAGACACAAAUACAGCCCAACAGUCUCCCUGUCUGCUGUAUUUGACUGUGGGCUUGUGAUAGCCAGUCAAAUGUUCAAAGGAAAAGAAAGGAAAAGACUGAUGAGUGCAAUGUUAAAAGGCCAAAGAGGUUCUGACAGGGUGUGGGACUGGUGUUAAUAACUGUUUGUGUGUGCAGUAUUGUGUAUGGGCAAUUACAGCUUGGUCACACUUGUUCCAUUUCAUGCUCUUAAUUGAGUGAACAAGUGUGUACAUGACGGGGCGCUAGACAGUGGUGGGACGAUAUAAUAUAAGGUUGAAGGGGAGGAUUGUGGUGGCCAGCUUUUACAAAAGCCCCUCUGUCCACACAGUACCUCUACCAGAACCGGUUAUUACCUCUGCUGUUCAUGAUUAUCCAGUCUUUGAAGCAUAGCAACCUUAUUUUGCUAGAUAUUAAAAUAUCUAGCAAAAUGUAUUUUUCCUCCUCUCAGACUGAAUAUUAAAGGAUUUCUCAAAGAAGACGUAACAAUGCAUUAUUCCACUAAAUUUAAUAAGGAAACUGGUGGGCACAGGGGAUGAGGGGUAGGCUUGGCUGGCCAUCACAUUACGCUUGUUUUGCUUUCGCUUGUUAAUGUCAAACAAGAGAGAGUGCACAAGAGGCUAUGACACACGUCAAACAGUGGCAGUGUUUUUGACAGAAGUUUGCAUCCUUGAACUUAAUUAUUACUAGGAGGGAUGUAAAUUUCAGCAGAUAAAAGCUUUAAAAUCAGGUGAAAAAAGAGAUGUUUAGAACUGUGUCUGCAGUUGUUAUCUUAAGUUUAAUCAGUUCAGGAAGUGGGUUUUUUCAGUAUUCAGAAGUGUUUCUUAACCAUUUAAAGCACAAAGGAUAUCAAGAACAAAUCAAACUAAUGCACACUGAGAAUAGGUGUAGCUCAGCACUUGUGACUUGUCAGCUUGAGAAAAGUUGUGACAGUUUCUCGUCUGUUACUUUCUGCAUCGUGUUCCUCCCUAGUUCUGACAAACCGUUCAAAGAGAGAGAGAUAGAGGAAAGAAAGUGGGUGAAGAUGGAGAGUGUUUGUGUGACGUAACAGCCAAACACCACCUCUGUUUCCUGUUAGUUAGGAGUAUAUGUUGCUAGAGCACUGGAUGGACUCAACAGAUGCUUCUGCACACCGAAACACACUCUUCACCAUCACGACUCCACCCCUUCCUCCAUCGCUCUCUCACACCUCUCUGUUGCCAUUUAAAGCAAUAACAGGAGAAACCUUUUAGAGGAGAAAAAGCCCAAACAUGAGAGAGCUCAAUGUGAAAAAGUGGCCUUGUUAUCAGAAUAAUAUCAGAGUCCCUGUACAGUUUCUAUUUACUUUUUAGACUGUCAGCUAUGAUGAUUCCAUUUUGUUGUUUUAUUUUGGUUUUGUUUAAUUGGCUUUGGUUUGCUUGCUGCCCCCAGCUAGCAAUCUGACACACACACACACACACACACACACACACACACACACACACACACACACACACACACACACACACAACAGUGCAUGAGAAAUUCUUAAAGACACACACACAGUCAUGCACAGACUCAUGUAAAUACACACACAUUGUUGGAGGCGUAGCAGCUGUUUAAUGGACAUAGACUCACAGACUAAUGUCUCAGUUCUUAGUGUCAUCAUUAAGCUGGUUUCAACAUUUGGGUUGAAAUGGUUGCAAUGUACAUUAUUAUCAUCAUUAUUGUUGUUAAUGAUUAUUCUAUUUAAAAAGAAACAAACAAAAAAUGUGUUCUGUCGAUGGACCUGUUAUACAUGCACAUCGGUGCACGAUGUGGAAACACUGUGAUUAUUGUUGUUUAUUAUUAGCAAAUGUUGUUGGACGACAUUAGUUUUAGGGUGAAAUGUCACAAAUUAAAAAAAAAACAAGAGCAUACAAAGAAGGGUUUGGGGUCCUUUCACUUUCAAUUCACUGCUUUCUGCGAAUGGAUUCUCAUCAAAAUGUGAAAAUUGAAAACCCCUCUUUUCAAUAAAAGUCCUCACGUCCAUUUACUAAGGACAUACUUCGAAACAAAUGCCUUACCAACAACUAAUCAACUGCAGUUUCAGUUCCUCUUUAUAACUGAUUGAAUUGAAAGUUGAAACUGACCUCCAAUUAUAAAGAAAAACCAGAGUGAAUGGCGGGAUAGUCAAUAUUUAGAUAAUAAAUGCUAGCUAUUUUUUUUCUUAAUACAGUACUUAUAUAUCAGACACUUUAAAUAGCCCUCCUCUUCCCUUUCUCCCCUGGUUUUGUUAGAUGAAUGUGAAUGUAUAAACCAAUGGUGUCCAUUUUAAUGUACUUGAAAAAAAAAAAAACCUGUCUUUUAUUUUUGCUCUCUUUUGCAUCCCCCUCCCUCCCUAGAGCCUCCGGUGAGUAGUGGAGGUAUUUAACUAGUGCCUUGCAUCCUUCCUGUUGCUUCUUUGUUUUGGGGUCAAGGACUUGGGUUAAAGUAAGCACAGCAUGUGUGGAGAGUUGUUGGGUGUCACUUUGAAGUUGAUGGUCGGAUCUGGUUAGUGGAGCAGGGAUUCAGUAAUAAUGGCUUCCGUUGUUGGUUUGUGGUUGGAGCAACUUAAGACUUUGAAUUGAUAGAAAGAUGAUUGACUUCUUUCCUGCUGCCAUGUAAACCAGUGAGACUGACCGCUGAAGACUGGGAGAGUGGCGUAUGACGUCAGUGUUGUUUCUUUGAAGAGAGGCCCCGUGCUGUGCUUUACCAACGAGUGAGGCCUGGCUGUGUCUCAGGCCCAGUUACACCACCAACAGGAUGAAAGAUGGAGAGAGAACAUGACGCUUCAUCAGUGCCAUUUUUUUUUCAGGGUUUUAAAUGUAGAUACGAGCGGGGGUAGGGGAGGGUUCUGUUUUAAGGAGGGAGUUGUUGAAGAUUGUAUUUGAAGCUUGGACCACUCUGUACUUUAGAGGCAUUGACCCCAGUGCAGCAUACAGUCAGGAGAGGAUGCAUUGAUACAGUGAUUUAAAGUUACUUUCAUUUUAAUGUUGACAUAUCUCUAGUGUCAUAUGGAUUUAAUACCAAAACGUAAAUCUUUUUUUUUUUUUAAACUUCUGUGUGAAAUUAGCUGAAAUCAAAUUACAUAGGUUAAAAUAGUGUUGAGUGCAUGAUGCUAAUCGCCGUGGGCUCUGGAUUCAGUUUCUUGCUCUGGUUUUGUGCAGUUUUAUUAUUUUGUAAUGAAUGGUGAUUGCAGACAUUUUCCAUAGACAAACUAUACUAUCCUAUAGACUUUACAGAGUGUAACAUAGUAACUGACCAAAUCUGCUUCAUCAGAUCUGAUCCUGAUUUGAGUGUUACUGAAUCACGUUUUUUUUUUCCUAAAUGAGAUCAUUAGAGUGAAAUGAGUACCAGGAUAAAAAGAAACACGGAAAUCUCAUGUGAAAUAACCAGAACUGUCAAAACUUGCAGGAACCCAUCACUCUUGGGAAGAAGCUGAUUGAGAAGAGUUGAGUGUUAACACAUUGUAAUGUAAUUAUUAUUAUCCCUCUAGGAAAACUGUUGGAUAUCUCACCUUUUAUAACCAAAAAGCAUUCAUGAGGCCAGUAGCACUCUGCUGUCCUCUUAACAGAUUUGGUUGGAAUGCCUCCUCAUCUGAGAGUUGCUGCUAGUGGGCAAAAAAGCUUAAGGUAUGAAUAUUGUCUCAUCCACUCUUAUUCCCACUGUAUGUAUUUGAUGCUGCACCAUUGGGGGUUAAAUAAUCCAAAAAAGUAAGCACUAACAAAUGGUGGUGGUGGAGGUGGUAAUGGCAUUGGUGGUGACUGUGAGCACAGUGAUGGUGAUGAUUGUACUGGUGGAGGGGAUGGUGGUGAAAAUGACAGAAGUGAUGGUGAUGAUUGAGUUAUGGAGGUUUUAGAUUCAAGGCCUUUGACACCCUGCCCUGUUUUCUCUUUUCAUUUGUCGGUGCAAGUGAAACAUAUCUGGUACAAACUUUUGACAUUCACUUAAAAACCUAGCAUCUUUUUUUUUUUGCUGGGGAUUGGGUGUUCUGGAGUCACAUAAAAAUAUUAUGAAAAGGUUACUUUGUAAAGUUUGUACAAAAAAACAUUGCUUUUGCCUGUUUUUGUGAUAUUUUCCAUUUUCUCAUGAAUAAUAAUGCAACAUUUUUACUACUAGGCAAGUUUGGUUGAAGCUGUGAAUAAUCAUUGAGCCACUUUGCUUUAGUUCUGGUUUUGAACAUUCUGUCAAAUCUUCAUUGAUAUCACCAACUCAGUGCCAUUUGACUUGUCGUCAGUAGAGUGGAACCAUCAGUGGUGAAGAUUAAGAAAAAGAAAACGGAGUGUAAUUACCUACUGUUACUCACUGGAGCUGUUUUGGUUGCCAGGUAACAUCCUGGAUUUUCACUUAGCAACUUCUUGAGCCUCAAAUGAUUUCCACAGUAGAGGUUUGAUACUAUUUUGCCGUGUCUCUACUCAUUACUAUGAAAGGAAUGCCUUCUGUGCAAUGGCUGCAAUGCAAUAUUAUUUAAAGUUAGAGUUUGCUGUCAAGCCCUGAGGUUACAGUGGGGUUUAGAGGACUCAUGUUUUUUUUAAAAGCUUCUGGAGUUCAGUGGGUGCAAAGGUUUUUUUGGAGCUGUAGUGGAUGGCUCUUACUGUGAAAGGCUUAGGAGUUCUCCAAUGCGGGCACUCUUUAUUGUGAAGUUUCCUGACAUUCAAGUGGAAGAACAGAAUUCAUUUGGUGACACAUGUAGAGUGUAGCAAUAGUUGUUUGAACUCACUUCACAUUAGCAUCAGAUGUAGUUUCUGUUGGUGUUCUAUAGUUUUUUGCCUGUUCAGGACUCGCUUACCCUUUAUGCUUUUUACUGUAGAAGUGCCCACAAAAAAAAGCCUUUUCAUGCACCAACAGAUCAAACACACACACAUUCAUUCAGUGCAUCUCCUCGCUGUUUUCUUGUAGCUUCCUCCUGUGGAAUGACGUCGAGUCUCAACUUUCUCUGACUGUUACUGAAAGCUUUUUUUCUCAACAUGUUGAUUAUGUUUCUGUUCUCACAUUUUAUUUUUUAUUUCUCACUCAUUUUAUCUGCAGUUUUAAUGUCUCUAGUGGCACCUAAUUUAAUUCAAUGGUUUUGUUUUUCUGUAUCGUGUUUGACAUUGUACAAAGUGGUUGAAUAAAAAAAACGUGGGUGAAUGAAUGAAAGAAAAACAAAAAAAUACAUGUAGGGAGUCAUCAGCAGCCUUUAAUGGUAUGUUUUGCACUAAGUAUAGAGUGUUCAAGCUUCAUAUUAAAAAAAAAACUUUGCGCUUUGCGCUACAAUACAAUGAAAUUUGUUACUUUAUUUGUAAAAACUUAAUAAAUAAAAAUUGUUUAAAUGAA